AUGUCCGACUGUAAGGUCAAAUUUGAUUUAGAUGGUUCUAAGGGAAAUAACUUGUUUCCGCCACCUAGUUCCUUGUCUGCUUCUGCUCACAUUAAAAACAUCCAAACAUACCAUGAGAGAUAUCGUUCAAGUUUAAAUGAAAGUGAUAAAUUCUGGAGAAAUGUUGCAUCUGAACUUUACUUUGAAAAAAUGACAGAUAAUGGAUUAGAGUGGAAUUUUAAUAGGGAAAAAGGAAGAAUAUUUGUAAAUUUUAUGAAAGGUUCUAGAACCAAUAUUGCUUACAAUUGUUUAGAAAGAAAUAUUAAUCGUGGUUUGGGAAAUAAAAUAGCUUUCAAAUUUGAAGGUAAUGAACCUGGCGAUGAAGAUUCAAUUACUUACAAAGAACUUCUUGAAAAAGUAAUUGCUUUUUCAGCUGUUUUAAGAAGUAAGGGUGUAAAAAAAGGAGAUGUUGUUGCAAUUUAUCUUCCAAUGUCAUUUGAAUUACCUAUUGCUAUGUUAGCCUGUGCACGUAUUGGGGCUAUCCAUUCAAUCGUUUUUGCAGGAUUUUCAAGUGAAUCACUUGCAAACAGAAUAAUUCAUUGUAAAUCAAAGAUCUUAAUUACUGCUGAUGCUUUUUAUAGAUCAAAUAAAUUAAUUGAUUUAAGAGCUCUUGCAGUUACAGCAGUUAAAAUUUGUGAAAAAAGUAACUACAAAAUUGACAGUAUGAUUGUUGUAAAUCAUUCUGAUAAAAUUACUAUUCCUAAUGGUGCUCCUCAACCAUCAACCUCUGCUGGUCCACUAGAUAUUGAAUGUUCAUGGGACUCAGAACUUAAACAAGCUUAUGGAAUUGAGAGUCCUGUUGAAUGGAUGGAUUCAGAGGAUCCAUCAUUUAUUUUGUAUACCUCAGGAUCAACUGGUUCCCCAAAAGGUAUUGUUCAUACAACAGCUGGAUACAUGACAUAUGCUUACUAUACUUGUAAAAUUACAUUUGAUUCACAAGAUGAUGAUAUGUAUUGGUGCACAGCUGAUUGUGGAUGGAUUACGGGACAUUCUUAUGUUGUAUAUGGUCCUCUAAUGAAUGGAAUGUCAUCAAUAAUCUUUGAAGGAAUUCCAACAUAUCCAGAUGCUGGAAGAAUGUGGAAUAUAGUUGAAAAAUAUGGUGUUACAAAGCUUUACACAGCACCAACUGCUGUAAGAUGUUUAAUGGGAUUUGGUAAUGAAAUUGUGAAGAAAUAUAAUCGUUCAUCAUUAAAAAUUAUUGGAAGUGUAGGUGAACCAAUUAAUCCAUCUGCAUGGGAAUGGCUUUAUUAUGUUGUUGGAGAAAAAAGGGCUGCUGUUGUUGAUACUUAUUGGCAAACUGAAACAGGAGGACAUGUUAUUGUACCUGUUCCUGGAGCAGUUCCAACAAAACCUGGUUCCGCAACUUUACCUUUCUUUGGAGUUGUACCCUGUAUUUUGGAUAACGAUGGUGCUUUAAUGGAAGGUCCUGGUGAAGGAAAUUUGUGUUUCUCACAACCAUGGCCAGGUAUAAGUAGAUCAUGUUGGGAUGAUCACGAAAGAUGGGAAAAAACAUACUUUUCCUCUUUCAAAGGAUAUUACUUUACAGGAGAUGGUUGUAGAAGAGACGAGGAUGGAUAUCAUUGGGUUACAGGAAGAGUUGAUGAUCUCAUGAAUGUCUCAGGUCAUUUACUUAGUACAGCUGAAAUUGAAUCAGCAUUAGUGGAACAUCCUGGUGUUUCUGAAGCUGCUGUCGUAGCUGCUCCUCAUAAUAUAAAAGGAAAUUUCCCAUAUGCUUUUGUAACAAUGCUAGAAGGAACCAAACUUACACCAACUAUUGUUAAUGAACUUAAAUUGACUGUACGUAGAAAAAUCGGUGCUAUUGCAGUUCCAGAUGUUGUUCAAGAAGCUCCAGGACUUCCAAAAACUCGUUCUGGCAAAAUUACACGUAGAAUUCUUCGCAAGAUUGCCGAAGGUGAUGUCAAUGCUGACUUUGGUGAUACUACCACUCUUGUCGAUGAAUCUGUCAUAACUAAGCUUAUUAAUAAUAGACCUGAGAGUAAGACUGGAUAA